AUGGUCGUUUGGGAGAGUGACAGCUCUUCCUGGCAGGAUACCCCGCUCCUGUGCCCUGGCGGAAACUCACACGACGUCAACGAUAGCGAAGGAGAGAAGUCAGGAGAGGCCGGGCUCCCAGGGAAACCCACCUCAGAGGACGCAGAAGAGACGUGUAUCAAGAGCGUGGGAGUGGAUCUGCAUGUGACCACGCCAACGCCACGGCCACGCCCCCUUCUCUGCCCGCCGCCCCGUAUAAAAGAGGAGCUGAGGUGGAGGGACCAGAAAGAACAGCAUCACAGCAUCCAGAACUUUACAGAGAUCAACAGUCGCAGAGGUUUGAUGGUUUCCAGGAGACUCGACGGGGCUUUGCGUUUGGAAGUUGGGCUGUGUAGUAUGGAGAUAGCCAUCCUGCUGCUGCUGACCGUGUCUCUCUCAGCUGCUGCCCCGCUCUCACUCACUCAGAGGUUUUCUUCUGCGGCCUCCGGCGACGCGCUGCAGGAGGCGGAGGGCGCACGGUCCGAACAGACGCUCCAUGCUCCUGCUUUGAGGAUCGUACCAUUUCUACAAGAGGAGAAGCUUCCGAUCAGAGAGGCACUGAAACACAGCAUGGCGGCGAGGUUGCGUCCGCGCCGGGCCCCUCAGCGUGGAUGCCAGCUGGGGACGUGCCAGCUCCACAAUCUGGCCAACACACUCUACCACAUCAGCAAGAAGAACGGCCAAGACGAGUCAAAGAAAGCCAACGAUCCCCACGGAUACGGCAGAUAG